CCAAACAAUAUUUUUGGGUUUCCUUAGCGAGAUGCCAAAACUUCAACCAAAUAUAGAACCAAAUUAUUAUGCACAACUUUAUGCCCAACUACAGUGCAGUAUUCAACUAGUUACAGCGUUCUCGCAAAAACAAAACAGGCACUACUCAGACACCCCAAAGCACUGCAGUAUUCCCUUGUGGCCAUCAGGCAGUGCGUGGAUAGCUUCAACAAGUGUCCUCCUACUGCCCUAGGAAGCAAGCUCCGGAAAUCGUGUUCUUGUUACUAUUUGAACUCGUGCUGAAAACAUGGAUGAUGAGGAGGAAACUUACAGGUUAUGGAAGAUCCGGAAAACUAUUAUGCAGAGGAGCCCAAAGUUGGUAUAAAGACAAUUAAGAUGUAUUGCCAGAGAAUGCAAGAGGAAAAUAUAACAAGGGCUUUAAUCGUGGUGCAGCAGGGAAUGACCCCAUCUGCCAAACAGUCCCUGGUAGAUAUGGCACCCAAAUACAUUCUGGAACAGUUUCUACAACAGGAGCUUCUGAUUAAUAUCACGGAGCAUGAGUUGGUGCCAGAACACGUGGUAAUGACGAAGGAUGAGGUGACGGAAUUGCUUGCUCGAUACAAAUUGAGGGAGUCUCAGCUUCCCCGUAUUCAGGCUGGAGACCCUGUGGCCAGAUACUUUGGGUUGAAGCGUGGUCAGGUGGUUAAAAUCAUUCGUCCUAGUGAGACUGCUGGCCGUUACAUAACUUAUCGCUUGGUUCAGUGAAAAGAACACACAUUGACUGAAGAGACUUUUCAAUCCUGGAUAAUAUUUGUCUGUGAGGUGAUGCCUGGAUUUAUUCUCCAGACUGCAGUUCCUUUAUCAAAGUGCAUAAAGAAUAAUUACUUACUGUACGUUCCGGUCCAUGGUUAUAUAGCCAAUUAAGCAUGGAGUGGUGUAGUCUUGAUGCAAAAUAUAUUCUGGAUCUCAGCUCAUUAAAAUAAGAGGCCUGGAAUUGCUGUGAAGAGGAAACCUAGCAUUCCAUGCAUUAUAUUAAAUGCAGUUCUAGCCAAUGGUGGCUCUUCUAUUGCUGCCUAUAGAAGUUUUUUAUUUUUUUUGAUAAAACCUAACCUUAAUCGAAGCAAUUUGGAAACUGCAAUACCUGCAAAACAAAUGACAAACCUUUAGUUAGACAAACGUGUUAAAUGUAUCCGAAUGAGGCAGAUCUGCUGUGAUGCAUUACCAGUGUUAAGUCUAAUGUCCUCAUAACUAUUUUUUUCUUUGCUUUGAUAGAGAAAAAAAAGUUAACUAUUUUUAAUGUGAUUAUAUAUUUAGCAGUUUCCUCCCUCUGUAAUAUGAUGGAAUGAAUAAAGCUGCACUGUUUUAUAUCAAAAAA